GAGCUGACCCCGGGCGUGGUGUACGUUGGGCACCUCCCGCGGGGGCUCUGCGAGCCGCAGUUGUACCAGUACUUCGAGCAGUUCGGGACGGUGACGCGGCUCCGCCUCUCCCGGAGCAAGAAGACUGGGAAUAGCAAAGGCUAUGCAUUUAUAGAGUUUGAAUCUGACGACGUGGCCAAGAUUGUUGCAGACACAAUGAACAACUACUUGUUUUCUGAAAGACUGCUGAAGUGUCAGUUCAUAGCUCCUGAAAGGGUCCAUGAAGACCUCUUCAAAAACAGCAACAAGAUAUUCCGGAAGCCAUCCCAGCCUGCAGUCAGGCGGUACAAUAGGAUACGAUCACUUGUUCAGAAGGCGAAGAUGACAAAGCGGCUGCUGCGGAAGGAGAAACUCUUACGGAAGAGACUGGCUGAAAAGGGCAUUGAUUACGACUUCCCAGGAUUUGCUGUACAGGAGCUUUCCAUAAAGAGAAAGAAAGUUAAAACAUCCAAGAAAUCGGAAGUGGACCUUUCUUUGAGCAGCCAGGAUCCUACUCCAGUCUGUACUCCAACAGUGCUUGAGCGCCGGAGAGCUGCUCAGGCAGAUGGUGAUGCGGAGGACAAUGAAAUAACUCUCAAACUGCCCCCUGCCAGUACUAGGAAUGGUGUGCCGAGAACAAAGAAGCAGCCAAGAAAAAGACCAAACCUGAAGAAACAGAAAUAG